AGAAGUCAUACUGACAGUCGUGAUAGCGAGUCACUUUAGCUGACCACAGUGAGCGCAAUCACGUCUGCAAACAUGCAGGUGACUCGCAGUCAGAUAUCGCUGUUUCUUUGUCUGCUAUCAUGCGCGUCAGUUAUCGGAGCUCGAUAUACUCCUGACUGGACAAGUCUGGACUCCAGACCUCUGCCUGGAUGGUACGACGAGGUGAAGUUCGGCAUCUUCGUUCACUGGGGGGUGUUUUCGGUGCCCGCUUUCGGUAGCGAGUGGUUCUGGUGGUACUGGAAAGGCGCACAAAAUCCCGAUUACGUCCAAUUCAUGAUCAAAAACUACCCUCCAGGUUUCAGCUACGCGGAUUUUGCGCCUAAUUUCCACGCGCAGUUUUUCGACCCUGACGCUUGGGCUGAUAUCUUCGAAGCUUCCGGAGCGAAAUAUGUCGUCCUUACAUCGAAACACCACGAAGGCUUCACAAAUUGGGGAUCCCCGACCUCCUGGAACUGGAAUUCGGUUGAUGACGGACCUCACAGGGAUCUGGUUGGAGAUUUGGGCAAUGCUAUAAGAAAGAAGGGCUUGCAUUAUGGACUCUAUCACUCUCUGUACGAAUGGUUCAACCCCCUCUACCUGAGUGACAAACAAUCUGGCUUCAAGACCCAGGAGUAUGUUGCAAGAAAAGCAAUGCCUGAACUCUACGAUCUGGUCAGCAGGUACAAGCCAGACUUGAUUUGGUCUGACGGCGACUGGGAAGCGCCGGACACUUACUGGAACUCUACAGAAUUCCUUGCCUGGCUCUACAACGACAGUCCAGUCAAAGACAUAGUGGUGGUCAAUGACAGAUGGGGAAACGGAUGUUACUGCAAACAUGGAGGUUACUACAACUGCGCCGACAAAUUCAAUCCUCAAAAGCUUCUCAAUCACAAGUGGGAGAAAUGCCAAUCAGUGGACAAAAUAUCAUGGGGGUAUCGCAGAAAUAUGAAGCUGAGUGAGCUGAUGGAUCUGCCAGAGCUUGUACAGGACCUGGUCUACAUUGUGGCUUUAGGUGGGAAUUACCUUUUGAAUAUAGGGCCCACAGCAGAUGGUGUGAUCGCUCCUGUGUUUGAGGAACGUCUCAGAGGAAUCGGAGCCUGGCUGCAGAUCAACGGUGAAGCCAUCUAUGGAACGAGCUUUUGGAGAGUUCAAGCUGAGAAUGCCACUGUUCCUGUCUGGUAUACAGCAAAAAAAUCCACUGUGUAUGCGAUCUUCACCACCAAUCCUAUGCAGAACACCUUUCAGCUUUCUGCGCCCAACACCACCGACAGCACAGUGGUGACUUUAUUGGGGAGUCCUAAACCUUUGAAAUGGGCUCCUCUGCAGUCAUCAGGACUGAUGGUGGUUCUGCCUGAGCUGCCUUUCUCACCCGCUUAUGCCUGGACUCUCAAGAUGGAAGGGGUGGCAUAGUGCUUUAAAAACAAUUUUGAUUUUAAUAUAAUUUGUUUUAGGGCAGAUUUGUAUAAAUAUUUUUUUUACAAUGGAUUACAUGAUUUCAUUAAUCAGUAAAAAUUACAGACGGAAUGACAAAUUGUGAUUUGUUAAUUUUCGGGAGGGUUUUCUAGACGCUAAUGCCAUUUUAUGAUGCAUCUAAAACUGACGAAAUCCUCAAGUUGUCAAUAAACUUAUUCAUUCUUUGUAA